GGCGCCGGAGAGCGGCAGCCGAGCCGGGCCGAGCCCCAGCGAGAGCGCGGGCGAGCGGGCCAGGCGCGCAGCGGUUGCGGACGGCGGCCAGAGCUCGGCGCCAGCCACCUCGGGCCUCCCGGCCUGCCUCGCGGCGGGGCGGCCGCAGGAGUCCUGGCUGUGGCCAGGGGGCAGUGGGCCAUGCCGGGGGCAGUGGAAGGCCCCAGCUGGAAGCAGGCGGAGGACAUUAGGGACAUUUAUGACUUCCGAGAUGUUCUGGGCACGUGAGUCUCACGGUGGGGGGCGUUGGGGGCUGGAUGGUUGGGGGAGGCUGAGUCCAGGGUGGUGCUUCCUCUGGUCAGUUGAUCAAUGCUUCCUAAGGGGGCGUUGGAGCUGGGGACUGAAGGGUGGCUGAGCCACCUUAUUUCUCCUUUCAGGAUCAAGCACCCCAACAUUGUAGCCCUGGAUGAUAUCUAUGAGAGUGGGGGCCACCUCUACCUCAUCAUGCAGCUGGUGUCCGGCGGGGAGCUGUUUGACCGCAUCGUGGAAAAAGGCUUCUACACAGAGCGGGAUGCCAGCCGCCUCAUCUUUCAAGUGCUGGACGCUGUCAAGUACCUGCAUGACCUGGGCAUCGUACACCGGGAUCUUAAGCCAGAGAAUCUGCUGUACUACAGCCUGGACGAAGACUCCAAGAUCAUGAUCUCCGACUUUGGCCUUUCCAAGAUGGAGGACCCGGGCUGUGUGCUCUCCACCGCCUGCGGGACCCCAGGAUACGUGGCCCCUGAAGUCCUGGCCCAGAAGCCCUACAGCAAGGCCGUGGAUUGCUGGUCCAUUGGAGUCAUUGCCUACAUCCUGCUCUGCGGCUACCCCCCCUUCUAUGACGAGAAUGAUGCCAAACUCUUUGAACAGAUUUUGAAGGCCGAGUACGAGUUUGACUCUCCUUACUGGGACGACAUCUCUGACUCUGCCAAAGACUUCAUCCGGCAUUUGAUGGAGAAGGAUCCAGAGAAGAGGUUCACUUGUGAGCAGGCUUUGCAGCACCCAUGGAUUGCAGGAGAUACGGCUCUAGAUAAGAAUAUCCACCAGUCAGUGAGUGAGCAGAUCAAGAAGAACUUUGCCAAGAGCAAGUGGAAGCAAGCCUUCAAUGCCACAGCUGUGGUGCGGCACAUGAGGAAGCUGCAGCUGGGCACCAGCCAGGAGGGACAGGGACAGACGGCGAGCCACGGGGAGCUGCUGAUGCCAGCACCUGGGGGGCCGGCGGCUGGCUGCUGCUGUCGAGACUGCUGCGUGGAGCCGGGCCCAGAACUGUCCCCCACACUGCCCCCCCAGCUAUAGAGCCCUGGAUUUAGAGUCAGGAACCCCUGCAUAGGAGGGGUUAGGGGCAGCCUGCUCCCCUUCCCUCUCUGAACUAGGGAGUUACCCUGUCCCAUCCCCUCCUCACCCCUUUCCCUACCACUGCUCACUGCAUUUUCCAUACAAAUGUUUCUAUUUUAUUGUUCCUUCUUAUAAUAAAGGGAAGAAGAUAAAACCA